CAUUACCUCCCAUCUCCCUACAUAAAAUGCUGUCAUCUGAACUCAAACCAAAAUCUGAAUCCGAGUAAUUUGGGGGAAAUAUGGAGAACACGAGCACUCUGAGAGAAUGGUUCCACCGAGUUGACUCAAACAACACCGGUAACAUCACCGCUCCCCAGCUCCAGAGAGCUCUGGCGGUGGGAAACCUUCGAUUCCCCCUCUCGAUCGUUCAGCAAAUGAUCAGGAUGUAUGAUUUCGAUAUGAACGGGACUAUGAGUUUUGAAGAAUUUGUCGCUCUUAACAAGUUCCUUUCUAAGGUUCAAAAUGCCUUUGGAGAACUAGAAAGAGACCGUGGAUAUCUCACACCUGAUGAUGUCUAUGAGGCGCUACUGAAACUUGGCUUCUCACUUGACUCGCCCGCUUUUUACACUGUCUGUGAGAGCUUUGAUCAGAACAAGAGAGGAAUGGUUCAGUUGGAUGACUUCAUAUCCCUAUGUAUAUUUGUACAGUCAGCAAGAAAUUUGUUUAAUUCCUUCGAUACCACUAAGCAGGGAAGGGUGACUCUGGAUUUCAACCAGUUUGUUUACUGCUCUGCAAACUGUAGGAUAUGAACUCACGGUUGCUUGGAGACCAGCCAGCUCUCAUGGAAAUCCGGCCCCCAAUGAAAACUACCGCAUGCCCAAGAUUUUUUAAAUGCACGUCACAUGGGACUGUGCUAUUGGAGUAUGACGAAAGAAUACCAAGGAUGUGACGAAACACCCACCAAUUUUUUAAAUUUUCGAACGUCUCUUGGGCACCGAAGGAGCCGUCCUGUUUUCAGGAAAAUCUAGAUCCGCUCUGCAAAAAAAAUAAUGAAGAAAUCGCCGAUUUUUACUGUUAUCGUUGACUUGUCUAAUAUGCGAUUGUGAUUUAUUAUGAAUAUAACAUUCACUGUAAUCUCAUAAAUUGUGCUCAUUUUUAAAUUUGCACUGAAAUACGAAUUACAAUUAUUAUACGCAAA